AUGAGUAAAAUCCCUAUGCAAGAGAUGAAAUAAUAUUUGGAUUAUAAAAUAGAUUACAAUUCUGAAAUAACUUAAAUGGCAAUGAAGAAAUUGGGAUUGACUUAAAGAGCCUUAUAAAGAAUGAAUUAUUUAGAAUAUAUGACAUCAAAUACUAAUUAAUAAGAUUACUUUUUAUAUUUGCAUGCAAUUGCAAUAAAUAUUAAAAAACUAUAAUAAGAGAUUACCAAAAUGAAUACCAAAGAUAAAUCAAUAGAUUGUACUGAUCCUGGAAAUGUUGAUGAAAUAAUAGCAUUUCUUGAUUAAAGAAUGAUGCAUAAAAACCAUAUUAGUAGCUAACCUUGUGUAACUUCUAAUAGAGAUAGAACACUUGAAAGAGAUGAUACAAUAGUAUGUGAUAUGAAUUCUAAAUAAAAAAUUAUUCGAUUAACAAAUUAAGGAAUUAAAUCUAUUACUGAAAGAAAUACUCUAAAACAUAAUUCUUCAACACAUCAAAAUUCUAUUAUUAAUUCUACUAGUCCUAAUAAAAUCAUUUUGAAAAGUAUUUUAUAAAUUAAUAAAAUUAGAAUUGAUUAUUUCAAAUAAUUAAAGUGUUGCUGAAUUAUUUUAAAAAUAAUAAGCUUCAAUUGAUUCUAGCUCUCUGGAAUAACUUAAUGAAUUAUUACCAAAACAUUAACUAGAUAAAAAUAUUGUCAUAAUGACAGGAAUUAAUAAUAAAAUAAAAGAUCAUCAAUAUCAUAAGAAAUCUAUUGAUGAAUUAAUGUAGAAAAUAUCAAAAUUAAGAAGUAUAUCUUAGUAAUCUAUUGAUUCUGGUAGAUAAUAAUUACCUAACACAAAAAUAAAAUUAACAAAAUAAAAAGAAUAAAAUGUCAUUUCUACAAAAUUAGAAAUGAUGUUAAAAAGAGAAAAAUUAGUUAAACAAGAACCAAUUAAAAUUAAUUAAGUAAAAUUAGGAAAUAUCAUGGGUGUUAUAUCUAAAAUAAGAAAUCAACAAACUAAAUUGAGAAUGUUUCAAUAACUAAAUAAUGAUCUUUUAUGA